AAAUGUAUAAGAACUAAUAAAAUUACGAAAUAAUGGCGAAUUUAAGCAGUUUACAGUUUACAAGAUGUUCCCCUCGGGGGCCCUAAACUACCCACAGGAACAUGUUCCUACAGUGACAAAUUGAAACCUAACUGUGGGCCCCUAGCCGCCAAUCAGAGUUUACUUGGGGUCCCUUGUCACUGAAAGGUUUAGAGAAACAAUGGUGACAAUGUCAGCGAUCAAAUCCCCCCUUGGGUUUAUGAAAUUUAUUAUUAUUAGCCUGCUGGUGAGUAUAGUCGUCCUCUCCUACUUCGGGAAUGAAGGCGGACGAUUAUAUUUCGGACUGCAGGACUACCUGGGGGUAGGGACUGCAGGAGGAUUCAGUAUAAUCAUCCCUAUUCUACUCUUCACAUAUAUAUUCGAUGGAAGCAUAUUCGUUCUGGAGAGCCUGGUGAGUAUAGCUGGAGCAGGAUUAUUUCUCACGGUUGGGUUUAUCACCCUUAGCUCCUACUCACACCCGGAGUACGGAGCUCCGGCAGGGAAAGCUCUGGCAGGACUUUGUAUCACUACUGGAGCUGUUUUUGGACUCAACCUUGCUCUUACUAUCUGUACAAUGAGGAAAUAAAAUCAAUUAUGUACAAGUAAAGACAAUAAGUGCAUGAAACUAUGCUUGUAUAUGUACAGUAUAGAAAAGUGAAACGUACUGCAGCUAAGCAGUACAGAUUACGGAGAAGAAAAAAACCAAGCUGUGCUAAAAAUAGAAAGUGAAUAUCCUGAAAUUAACGUGAUCUGUGAAUUGAUGAGAUAAUGUCAGUUAAACAAUAAAUUAUAAUUUCUAGCUUAUUAUCUAACAAUUACACUUUAGGUUUAAA